AUUUACCUUAACAACACCCGAACGAGUAAAAAGGAAGUUACAUUUGCUCAUCGUCUAAAUAGAAGAAAGAAAAUGCCCGUGUUGACGCCAUCUUCAGAUCUGAGGCUCCAAAUCCAUCCUUUAAUCGCCAGUCUCGAAGACAAAAAACACAAUUUCCGGUCAGAAGCAACUCAAGAUGAAAAGCCGAAGCAGCUAUGUCCCACCGCCUUACAUACCCUUGGGGCAGUCGGACGAAGACCUUCCUCGUCCUACUGGGGAGGGGGAUGGUGAACCAAGGCCGUCGCCGUCGCCGUCGCAGUCUCAGUCUGUUCAGUGGUCUUCUGGAAUCUGUGCUUGCUGCGAUGACAUGCAGAGCUGUUGUAUAGGUCUCUUUUUCCCCUGCUAUUUGUUUGGAAAGAAUGCAGAAUUUUUGGGUUCUGGUACUCUAGUCGGAUCCUGCAUCACCCAUUUCAUUCUUUGGGCCCUUGUCAACACUCUCUGCUGCGUCUUAACUCAAGGCUUCUAUUUGGCUUUACCUGGAUUUGGAUGCUUUAUCUCUUGUUAUGCUUGUGGCUAUCGGAGGGCACUUCGCUCCAGAUACAAUUUGCAGGAAGCACCUUGUGGGGACUUUGCUACUCACUUUUUCUGCCAUCUUUGUGCCAUUUGUCAAGAGUACAGGGAGAUUCGUGAAAGGGCAGAGGACCCUAAACCCCCUGAUCUUAAUCUGGCUGUCGUAACUGCACCAGACGUCCAGACAAUGGAAUCAUCAGGUCUCUAGUAAUGAGGUGCUAUUACUUGGAAUUUUGUUUCUGUAGUGGGUUGUACUUGUUUCAUAUGUUUUAUCAAAUCUUCUCCCAGCACCAGGAUAUCUAUUAACUUUUUUGUUCUAAGACUACUACCAUGAAGGAAGGUCUCUAAUAUGAUAUUAGAUUGUAUUAGUAUGACCACACCACUUGUUUGGUUUUCUUGUUUUUGGGCUGCAUUUAUGUAAAAAUGUCUCCAAGUGCUGCUAGAAAAGGCUCUAAUUGUAGCAUAUUAAUUAUGAAAGAUUAAGUCUGCUUGGAUGAACCAAAUCACCAGUUGAUUCCGGAAGCAAUCUGAUGUAAUAUAUCCACUUAGGCAUCUUAACUUGGCAGGUGUUAUGAUUGUCAUCAGGUGAUUGACGGGAAAGUUUAGAUUAAUUGUCUUUCCUUUAUCUCGAUUCUUCGAACAAUUUAUUGUAACCGAUAGUUUAUCUCGUAAAAAGAUUCAGAUUUCUAAGAAUAAUACUUCUUUUAUUAAGAUGUAAUACAACUUCUUUUCUAAGAACAAUAUUCUCAAAAUACUUUUAAUUUUGGUGAUAGAUAUAUUGUUAUAAACAUCACAAAUAGUCUGGUUUUAAUGGAAACUUCAAAAAAUUUUGUUGUUCUUAUUUCUGUUGUUUCAAAAUGAGAUAUUGUAUGACGAUGGAUUGAGACCACACAUUACAAAUGUAUGUAACUCUUACUUGGUUUAAUAUUUUUAAUUGGUUUAAAAAGGGAAAAUAAAUACGAGAAAACUCGUCUCUACCAACUUGUGCUGCCGACCAGCCUUUUCCAUGGAGGCUGUCUCUUUCUUUCUCAUUUUUCAUGUUUUUUUCUUAAGAUUUCUCUAAAACUCAACACCCAAACCUUGAAUUUUUUGUCAAAUUCACUUGGAAACUUAUUUCCACCUUCAAUUUUCCCCAUUUGCAGCAAGGGCUUAGUUGAGUCUUGACAGAGAAAGUUGAAGCUAGAGAGAUUAAGUUUAAUUAAGGUAAGAAAUUGUGUUUUUCAUCUUCCCUAGUUUGAUAUUUGGUAUUAAUUACUUUGGGAAAGCUUUGAAAGAUUAUGUAUUAACAUUCUUGUCGUAUUUUUGUGCAUGGAAAUGAGGAAAUAUUGAGAAAUGAAAUCUCAAGCUUGGGCACAAAUGAAUUCAAGUACUUGAAAGCUUGAUUUUGAGUAUUUAUGCAUCCAAGAAAGGUCCUCCUCCUGUUAGCAGCUCCUGGCUUGGCCUGUGUUUUCUCUUCGAUUGCCUCCAUCUCAGUUUCUUGGUGUCGCCUUCACCAUGGAUCCUCGAUGGAUGAAAUUGUUGGAGCCUAAAACUCGUCGCACCAAAUCUCUUGAAUGGUAAUUUAGUAAGGCAUGUACCUAGGCUUUCAUAAGAUUUAAGAAUAUUUUUUAAACUAUCAUGAUGUGUAACACUCCUUGCUCGACUCGAUCGCCAGAUCCAAGCUACAGGAUGUCACAACCAUUGUUGGAGCAACGAUAAUCAAUUGCAACAUACUUUCUAUUCAUUCAACACAA